GAGGCGACGCCUGGCCUCCUCGUCUCCUAGGAAACGGGCCCCACUUCCGCUGAGCGAAGGGGGCGAUGGCGGCCGGGGAGCCGGGGGACUUGGGCGGCUACUACUUCAGAUUCCUGCCUCAGAAGACCUUCCAGUGUCUGAGCACCCCGGAGACCACCAGCCGGCUCCGCCAGUGGUCCAUGCUGGGCAGAGUGGCGGCGCAGGCGUUCGGCUUCGACCAGACGUUCCAGGCAUACCGCAAGGAUGACUUCGUCAUGGCUUUCUUCAAAGACCCAAAUGUUAUUCCCAAUUUGAAGUUACUUUCAGAUUCUUCUGGACAGUGGAUCACAUUGGCUGGCCCCCAGCCGGUCUCUGAAGACUGGAUCCACGCACUCCUGCUCAGACACAGUUCCUGUCUCCAGACACCCAUCAUGCCUCCCACAAGCCCGGCUCAGGACUGGAGUGAGGCAGCAGGUCCUGGCCGGACUCUGGGUGGACAGCCAAGGAGGAAAUGCGAUACUCGCCAGCGCUACUCUUCUCAAGCUCCAGCUCCUCCUUGCGUCGGAGACGAAGCACAUUUCUCUAGUUCCAGCCUUGUGAUGACUCCAUCAGGGCCUGGAACUGAAGUGAAAAAAAUUGAAGCUAUAAAUGUUCCUUGUACACAGCUUUCCAUGUCAUUUUUUAACCGGUUGUAUGAUGAAAAUAUUGUACGAGACAAUGGACAUAUUGUUAAAUGUUUGGACUCUUUUUGUGAUCCCUUUCCUGUUUCUGAUGAGUUACGAAAAGUGCUGCUCGUGGAAGACUCUGAGAAGUAUGACAUAUUCAGCCAACCCGACAGAGAGGAGUUUCUGUUCUGUCUUUUCAAACAUCUCUGCCUGGGCGGAGCCCUUUGUCAGUACGAGGACGUGCUUCCCCCGUAUCUGCAGACCACAAAGCUCCUCUACAAAGAUCUUGUGAGUGUUCGGAAGAAUCCUCAGACCAAGAAAAUACAAAUUACUUCUUCCGUCUUUAAAGUCACGGCAUAUGACUCCGCUGGCGUGUGCUACCCUUCGACCGAGAGUCACGAGCAGACCUUCUCUUACUUUAUUGUGGAUCCGAUCAAGCGUCAUGUUCAUGUUUUAUACCACUCUUACGGUGUGGGGGAAAUGUCCUAACACUGUUCUUUCAGAGUCUCUAUUUUGAUACUGUUUUAUAUACCAAUUUUUAAAUUUAAUGCCCAUUUAUAGGUAAACAUUUACUUUGCAAGUUAAUUCCAGUAAAAUACAGAGAACCUGCUUGGAGCAGAAGGAAACGAAUACCAAGGUACCUUCCUGUACGUGUAUCUGGAGCUGUAACGUACGGACCGAAUUCCAUCCCGAACACAGUCGACACUAGUGCAGUUGUGGAAUUUUUACAGAAAGUUAAAAAAACUAAAAAUCUAGUUCAUAUUUGUUGCAUUAAGAUUCACAUAAGUCCUCAAUUUUCCAUGUGUUUUGUUUUAGAAGCCAGUUAGUUGUGGGUUGAAAAUGUGGCGGGAAACCUGAGAUUGCUCUAUUGAUCAUUAAUAUGAACGGUUCGCUUUUUAAAUCUGAGUUUCAUUUCCUUACACUUCUUUAUUGCAUAAAGAUUUAUAUCUCUAGGGCUGUGAAGUGCCUCACAAUUCCUUUGCUUCAUUUGUCCCACUUAAGAUCCUUAAUAAAAAAGUAAUGUUGUGAAAGUCAUCGCCAACUCUGCCGUCACAUAACAGAGCUG